AUAGUCUUGCCUCUCCGCGGCCGCCGUAGUCCAUCCCGGAAGUGUUUCCAUGGCGACUCGAGGCCUGGCGUGGAGAGGGAAGAGGGAAGCCGAUGGAGAAAUACGAGCGGAUCCGAGUGGUGGGGAGGGGGGCAUUUGGGAUCGUGCAUCUCUGCCUGCGCAAAAUGGACCAGAAGCUUGUCAUUCUGAAGCAAAUCCCUGUGGAGCAGAUGACCAAAGAUGAGAGGCUGGCUGCACAGAAUGAGUGCCAGGUGCUGAAGCUACUCCACCACCCCCAUGUCAUCGAAUACUAUGAGAACUUCCUGGAGGACAAGGCCUUAAUGAUUGCCAUGGAGUAUGCCCCAGGUGGCACCUUGGCCGAGUUCAUCCACAAACGUGGCAACUCCCUCCUGGACGAAGAGACCAUCCUGCACUUCUUUGUGCAGAUCCUGCUGGCGCUCCACCACGUCCACGCCAAGCAGAUCCUGCACCGCGAUCUCAAGACCCAGAACAUCCUCCUGGACAAGCACCACAUGAUUGUCAAGAUCGGCGACUUCGGCAUCUCCAAGAUCCUCAGCAGCAAGAGCAAGGCUUACACGGUGGUGGGCACCCCGUGUUACAUCUCUCCCGAGCUGUGUGAAGGCAAGCCCUACAACCAGAAGAGCGACAUCUGGGCCCUGGGCUGUGUGCUGUACGAACUCUGCAGUCUGAAGAGGGCCUUUGAAGCUGCCAACCUGCCCGCCUUAGUGCUGAAGAUCAUGAGCGGCACCUUCGCCCCCGUCUCGGACCGCUACAGCCUGGAGCUGCGCCAGCUGGUCCUCAGCCUGCUCAACCUGGACCCUUCCAAGCGGCCCCAGCUGAACGAGAUCAUGGCCGAGGCCAUCUGCGUCCGGCCCCUGCUGAACCUCUACACCGACGUGGGCAGCGUCAGGAUGAGACGGCCCGAGAAGCUGCUAGCCGCCGUGCCGCUGGUGGCCCGUGGCAGAGCUGGAAGGGCAGCUGCCCGAGCCAGGGGCUCCCGAGCCGGGUCAGCCCGGCCGGGCAUCCCCCCGGCCCUGUCUUCCAUCUACACCUGGGGCGGUGGGAUCACCACCCCCCUCCGCCUGCCCUUGCCCAAUACGGAGGUGGUGCAAGUGUCGACUGGCAGGACCCAGAAGGCCGGCGUGACCAGAUCCGGGCGGCUUAUCCUGUGGGAGCCCCCACCUGUUGGUGCUGCUGCGGGGUUCUUGCUUCCGGGAGCCACAGAGCAACUCCCGUCCCAGUUUGUGUGCCGGUUCCUGGAGGGCCAGUCCGGGGUGACUAUCAAGCACGUGGCCUGCGGGGACCUCUUCACUGCCUGCUUGACAGACCGCGGGAUCGUGCUGACCUUCGGCAGUGGCAGCAGCGGCUGUUUGGGGCACAAGACCUUCGUGGACGUGAGCCAGCCCAAAAUAGUGGAGGCCCUGCUGGGCUACGAGAUCACCCAGGUGGCUUGUGGCGCGUCGCACGUCCUGGCCGUUUCCAACGAAGGGGAGGUCUUUGCCUGGGGCAGAGGGGAUAACGGGCGCCUGGGCCUCGGGACGCAGGAGUCCCACAACGCCCCGCAGCAGGUGCCCGUCCCCCCUGACCACGAGGCACAGAAGGUCCUGUGCGGCAUCGACUCCUCCAUGAUUCUGACGACAAAGAAUCGGGUUCUUGCCUGCGGGAGCAACAGGUACAACAAGCUGGGCCUGGACAGGAUCUCACCCCGGGAGAAGCCCCUCACGGCGGACCAGGUGGAGGAAGCCCCGGUCUUCAGCUGCGCCCGGUCAGCUCCCUUGUGCGAAGAGACCAUCGUCUGGGCUGAUAUUGGAACGGCCCAUUCGGCGGCUGUCACAGCCUCCGGCCAGUGCUACACCAUCGGGAGCAACCAGCAUGGCCAGCUGGGCCCCAUCCCCUGCCGUGCCAGCCGGGCCCCCUACCUGGUGGAGGGGCUCCAGGCCAUGAGGGUCAUCAUGGCCGGCUGCGGCGACGCCUUCACCAUGGUUGUGGGAGCAGAUGGCGAGGUCUGCACCUGGGGGAAGAGCGCCCGGGGCCGUCUGGGCCGGAAAGAGGAAGAGACCCAGAGCCCCCGGCCCGUGCAGCUGGAAGAGAGCCACCCCUACCUGGUGACCUCCGUCUCCUGUUGCCACGGGAACAGCCUCCUGGCUGCCAAGCCUGCCGUGGAGGAGCCCAGCCCACAGUGAGGGGAGCAGGAAGAGGCAGGAGCUGGACCACCACGGGGGACUCCUUCUCUUUUGGCCCGGCCUGCCUGGCACCCUCGUCCCGCCCAGGCCGUCUCAGCCCUUCUGCACGGAGCCCCUGAUUCUGCAGGGCUGGCCCUCGACCCCGAGCUGGGCCUCCAGCCGCCGGGUGAGGACUAGCCGUGUGUCUCCCCCCGCCUCGAAACGGAGCAGGGGGGAGUAGCGUAUCAGACUGCUGUAUCAGAAGGAAGGCAGCGGCUACUAACCGUGGGGGGCGGCUGCCAGGACCAUGCUUGCCCCGGGAGAGAGCAGUGCAUUCUGGGAAACGGAGCUCCUCUCUCGGCAACGGAGCCUUCUCCCCGCCACAUACGUGACAUGGGGGGGGGGCAGCCAGCAGGGGCUGCCAAAGGGCCCUGUGUUUAUUUUUACUGCUCUCGCUGCAGCUGACUCAGCCGGUGGCGCCGCGUGGGAUCCUGCAGGGCUCCAGCGGAGGGAGCGGAGAGCCUGUUGGGAACAGCCCGCCACGGGUGCUCCCCGGGAGGGAUUCAGUGGCAAGCUUUUCAGAAGCACCGAGAGAGCCCUUUUGAGAAGAGCUGGCCUGCAACAUUGUCCCUGCCACCGGUCCCUGGCCCAGGGAGACGCUAGUCUGGUCCUCCACAUGGUUCUUAAUAGGGUAGGGCAGGAUCCCCUCCCCUCUUGCUUUUCACUCAUAACCAGUCACAGAAUGGGGUCUCCUCUCAAGCUCCAGGAGGGCCUUGUCCGACACCAUUAAUAGUUGUGUGAGCCACAAGGCUGGGGAUGAUGGGAGCUGUAGUUCAGCCACAGCUGGAGAGCCAAGGUGGCCUGCCCCUGCUACGUGGGGAAAGGCCUCCGGCCCCCAGAUCUUGGCCCCCAGAGCAGUGAUUUGCAGCUGGCUGUGUCCCAGCCUGGCCGGGCAGACCAUUCCAGACGUCAGCCACGGGGGACAAGGCCAAGCAAAGUUCCAAGGCCAACUUCUGCAUUAUCCAGAGAGUCCCGUGCCUUUUAAAAAGGGCUUGUUUUGUGUGUUUAAGACCUCUCCGGGACGCUGGCAGUGUUACACAAGCAGCUGCACACACCUGUGGGGUUGUUGUUUUAAAUUAAAGCAAAGGAAUUUCUGCCCUUGG